AUUUCGGUCAGCUUUUUGAAGUACGCAAAGAAGUGGCAAGAACAAAAGACGUAGAAAAUUUUAAAGAGCUUGCUGAAAUUUGAAGUCAAAAUACCAAAAAAAUUGUAUUUUGCCAAUAAAAAAAGAAGUAAAAGCAUCGAAUUUGAAACCGCAGUUAAAGUUUUCAUAAACACUGACAUUUGCACCAUUUGGAAAGCCGAAAAAUAAAUAAUAUUUGUGUGUUGGCUAGUGCAAUCAAAAUGUUUCAUAAUAAAUAUUUGACUUUGACUUUGGUGCUGAGUAUUUGCAGCGCUCUAGUUUGUGCCGCCCAAAUCGAUGUGAGCCUGAACAAUGCAAAAUUACCUGCUGAUGCAGCAUCAGCAGCACCAGUUGUCGCAAAGGAUGAAAGUGUAGAAAAACCGAAAUCUACCACACCAACCACGACGUCCAGCACAAGUUCGACAACCACUACAACUUCAACAACUACAACUUCAACAACUACAACUACUACGCCAGCACCUACAACAGCAGCGCCGACCACCACUACAGUGGCACCAACUACACCCGCUGCACCCAACACGACUACUGUAGCGCCAAUAACAACAACACCUGCGCCAGCGCCAUUCCCAGCACCAGAGAUUGGCAUGUGGAACUCCAGCUGUAUUAUUAUGCACUUUGCCGCACAGUUGAAUGUUACCUAUGAGACCAAAGACAACAAAAUUGCUUCCCGCUUAUACAACAUCCCCAAGGAUGCCAAGGUCGAGGACUCCAAUUGCGCCAACAUUUCACAAACGAUUCAUAUUAUUUGGGGACCUGUUGAAGCCGUACACUCAAUGGUACUACAAUUCGAUAUGGUUAACAAGACUAGCGAGUUGAAACAGAUCUACAUUACUUUACCACUCACCAGCGAACACUUUCCCGAUGCUAAGGAUAACGAGACCAUCCAACUGAUCCACAACGGUGAUGAGUUCGUCACCCCGGUACAAAUGUCUUACCAUUGCACACGUGCACAAAAAUUCAACAUGACUGAGGUAAUGCAAGAUAACAAAGUAAUUGGCACCAUUACGCUGAGCAAUGUACAAACCGAGGCAUUCAUCACGGAUCAUCGUAACACCUUCUCCACAGCCAUGGAUUGUGAUGGGCCGAAAACAAUGGAUAUUGUACCCAUUGCUGUCGGCAUUGCCAUGGCCGCGCUCAUACUAAUCGUAUUGAUUUCGUACUUGUGUGCGCGUCGUCGUUCCACAUCGCGUGGCUACAUGAGCUUCUAAGCGAUUAGCAUGUUGCUUGUUUGGCGUUAGUGACAGUAAUUAUAUAUGUAGGCAUAGGCGGUCGUAGAUUUUGUGGGGGGGCACGCUGGGUGGUUAUUUUUUGUAUAGGGUUAUACUGCGAAAUAAUUUCUUUUAAUUCGAGCAGAAAAAAAAAUAGCGUUUUUUUUAUAUUUUUUAAUUUUUGGUUGAGAGAGAGAAUGAGCAAAAAGAUUGAAUUGCCGAGUUUUGAUUUACUUUGUCACGUAACUUACAAAAAAAGGGAAAGAAUAUGCAAAAUAGCAAGUAAAAACAGCAAAAUAAUAGAAAAAAACACAGCAGUCAUUUAAGAUAUUCAUUCAAUAACAAAAAAACAGUAAAAACGAGCGUAUAAAAAACAAGUAAAUGCACCGCAAUUAGCAAUUUUAAUCCAACAGACUUUUAAUAAACAGUACAGUUAUAAUUCUAUCGCAAACAGGGUGCAGUUACAAAAAAAUAUUAAAAUAUAAUAGGCGGACCAUUGUGUCCAGCAAAUAAAUACUUUAGUUUUGCACGCCCCAACACACUGUAGUGCAGAAGUUUUUUUUUCAGAUUUUAUUUUUUUCAACGGUUAUUAUUCUUUUUUUUAUUAUUUUAUAGCUCUUACUCAAAACGAUUUAGUGCGCAUAUGCAAAAUAUAUUACUUAGUAACAUUAUAUAUGAAAUCUUGUUUAGUAAGUUUGUCGUCAACUUUCGAGACGUGACUUCUAAAAACGCCUUCCUUUUUACAUACAAAAAUGUUUUGUUCUUUUAUAAAUAACCUUGUACACUUAAAUAUUUGAAAAUAGCUAUAUAUACAAGCACUUUAAAAAUCUUCACCAACAACAACAUCAAUAUUUUAAAUCAUGAAGAAGAAGAAAACCAAUAACAAAAACAAAUAUAAAAACAAAAACAAAAAAACAAUAGUAUCUAUAAGCACGCUUCUAUACUUUAUUAAACGAUUCUUAUUAUUCUAUAUCUACAUAUGUAUUUGUAUUUUAAUAUUUUAAAGAAUUGGCUAACAAUUGUCUGUAUUCGAAAAAUAUGUACUUCAGUGCAUAAUUGAAGUAUGUAUGUGUAUAUGCUAUUAUGAUUUCAUUACAAAUUACAAAUACAACUAUGUUAUAUAUACCAUUUUUUAUAUUGCAUAUCGUUGUGUAAUCACAAAAAAUUUACCAAACAUCUCAGUAAUGUAUAUGAAAUCUAUGAAGAAAAUUAGUUUAAAAUUAGGUACUUGGCAUAUAUAUUUUGUUUAAAAAUUUUUAUUGUAAAAUUUAAACUUGGCCUUAAAUAAAGUGAGGUAACUGAA